AUGCGACCGACGUUCUCAUCAACACCAUGGGUCCUUUUGACUUCAUUUCUUACUCUUUUCCCUUCUGCUUCAGCAUCAACUCGAUUAAUUGAAUCCAAGUCUUUGAACGCCUGUCAGGAUAAUUCAAGUUUUACGGCCACUUUAUUCGAUGUCGUCUUCACACCCGGAAAUUUAACCUUCACGUUCGAUGUAGUUGGUGUUUCUUCUAUUCAAGGAAAUGUCACUUUCGAUGUCGAAGUCACGGCUUAUGGAUAUCCCAUUUUAAAUAAAGUCAUCGAUCCAUGUACUUCUGGAUUCGCGGGACUUUGCCCGAUGAGUACUGGACAAAUCGAUAUUCAAUCUAACAUUGUUGUUCCUCAAUCUACAGUCGAUAGCAUUCCAUCCAUCGCAUACGGUGUUCCUGAUUUGGAUGCUAAUGUUAAAGUUAUUAUCAAUGGUACCGCGAAUCCAGAUGUUAGUUUGGCAUGUGUCGAAGCUCAAUUAUCAAACGGACAAACCGUCGAUCAAAAGGGCGUGGGAUGGGCAACUGCUGUUAUUGCUGGAUUGGCUUUGGUAGCAUCUGCUGUAACUUCUGGAUUGGGUCAUUCGAAUACUGCUGCUCAUGUAGCCGCCAAUGCCUUGUCACUCUUUGGAUACUUUCAAGCUCAAGCUAUGAUCGGACUCACUUCUGUUCCUCUUCCACCCGUCGUUCAAUCAUGGACUCAGAAUUUCGAUUGGAGUAUGGGUAUAAUUGAGGUUGAUUUCAUGCAAAGCAUCGCAACUUGGUAUCAAAAGUCCACUGGUGGAACUCCAGCUACACUCUUGAAUACUUUGACCACUACAUCUGUUCAAGUCGAGAAACGUUCCAUGGGAAAGAGAUCAGUCGAACAUACCAUUCAACUUCUUACUCGAGCACAUGAAGUGUUGACCAAACGAGCCGAUACUACCACAACAACUGGAUCAUAUCUCGUCAAAGGAAUUAAACGAGUGGCAUUCCGCGCCGGGAUCGAAUCCACCAAUUUAUUCUUGACCGGCCUGGCUUUCUUCUGUAUCUUCAUUGUUUUAACCAUCUUGUUUGUUGCACUGUUCAAAGGAUUCUGUGAACUUGCAGUUAAGAUGAAGUGGAUGAAAUCGGAUAAAUUCGUGGAUUUCCGCAAUGGAUGGUUCACUGUCUUGAAGGGUAUCAUGUUCCGUAUGGUACUUAUUGGUUACCCACAGAUGACCAUUCUAUGCCUUUGGGAAUUCACACAAAAUGAUUCUCCAGCAGAAGUUGUUUUGGCCAUUUUCUUCUUCUUUGGUAUGACAGGGACUCUCGCUUGGGCAGCUAUGAAAGUUGUUCGAAUCGCCAAACGAUCGGUUUUGAUGCACAAAAAUCCUGCAUACAUUCUCUAUUCAGAUCCUUCGGCUCUCAACAAGUGGGGUUUCCUCUACGUCCAAUUCAGAGCGACGGCUUAUUAUUUCAUUAUCCCGACUCUGAUUUAUAUUGUUAUUAAGGGAAUGUUUAUCGCAUUUGGACAAAACUCAUCUACAGUUCAAGCUAUCGCUCUUCUUUUAAUUGAAGCAGCUGCAUUGAUUGGAGCCAGUGUUAUUCGACCAUGGAUGGACAAAAGUACCAAUAGUUUCAAUAUCGCCAUUUGUGCCAUCAACUUCUUAAACACCAUUUUCCUUUUAGUAUUCACGGAUAUUUUCAAUCAACCAGGUAUCGUUACUGGUGUUAUGGGCGUUGUUUUCUUCAUCAUCAACGCAGUUUUCUCGUUGGUUCUUCUCAUUCUUGUUCUACUUGCUACCGUCUAUGCUUUUUUCCGCAAGAACCCAGAUAGCCGUUACUUACCAAUGACUGAUGAUCGUGCAUCAUUCAUCAAGUCAAAUACGGGCUUGACCACUGAGCUGGAUGCUUUGGGAGCUACCGCCAGAGGAGAUAAGGCAGGAUAUAAACACAAUCUCGAUUUGGAUGAUGACAAUGAUUCAUGGUCAUCUGAUUCCAUGAGACAUCCAGCAAAUAUGCCUCUUCCACCUUCUACAGCAGGUACAGGAACAUAUGGAGAGUCAAAUCCAUCAGUUAGAGAUGCACCUCAUUCACCAGUUGAUCCAUCGGUCCCUCUUUUCCCAGCAAGUGGCUCUCGUGGUCCACCACCAAAUUAUCAAGAUGGAGGACGCAAUAGUAAUGCUCCUUUAAUCUACGGAAAUGAUAGAUCGAACAACGCAUCACCAGCUCCAUACAGAGAUAACCUUUCGACAUCAAACUUGUCGCAAUCAGGAUAUAGAUCACAAAAUAGUGGUAGUCCUGCGCCUGGGGGUUUCAGACCUCAGAAUCAGAACCAAAGCAACGCUAGUCCUUGGCAACGUGGAGCAGGUUAUGACCAUUAA